AUGCAAACAUUGCCACAAGAAAGACGCCCACCUCCAACUUAUGAGGAAGUGUCAUCAAUGCUGAGUUAUCGUGAAUCUCCAGCUGGCCAAAGAGAUCGAUCAGCAUCCCCACCCGCAGAGUUCCUAGUAGAAGGGGUGAAACUUGCAUCCAAUAAAUCCUUACCACGUAACGAAAGUGAUAUUAGUAUGCAGGUUGUGG